AUGGAGACCCUGUGCAGCCCAGCAGCUGAUCGGACCUUCGGGCCUUCCAUUCAUGGAUGUCGAUACUUGGACUUCACACUUCUUUUUGAACAGGUGGUGUUUAGCAUCAUUCCUUCAGCCUGUUUCAUUCUGUCGCUGGCUUGGAGACUCCUACAGCUCCUACCGCAGUCAGGGAAAAUUCGAGUGGCAUCGAACAAGUAUGCCAGGGUCUCAAUCCUGGUUAAAGUAACCCUGGGUAUUAGCUUAGUCUGUAACCAACUUGCCUUGCUUGUUCUCUGGGCAAUGGUCCCACAAUACCAGAAUGAAGCUACCAUGGCAUCGGUCUGCCUGUCUUUGACCUGCUCACUUUGCAUUCCAGUGCUUUCUUGGAAUGAGCACGUCCGAUCUAUCUCCCCUUCCCAUCUGCUUUGCUCCUACCUCAUGUUCAGUACGCUAUUUGAUGGGGUCCAGGCUCGAACAUUAUGGCUACGGAAUACUCCUACAAUUGCUGGGACCUUUACUGCAGCGCUGGGCAUUCGGUUUUUAUUACUCGUCGCCGAACUACAAGAAAAGAAAACGACUUUGAAAGCCCCAUUUGCUGCCUAUCCCCCAGAAGUAUUGGGAAACAUGCUAAAUCGAGUCGUCUUUUGGUGGGUGAACCCCCUGCUGGCCCGCGGGGCACGCGGCUUGUUAAGUCCGAACCAUCUCUUUCCUAUCGACCCAGACCUCGCAGCCGAGAAUCUGCAAGCAAAUUUCAGAGCAAAAUGGGCCUCCAGUAUGAUGGAUCCUCAUGGAAGCCAACAUAAGCUACUGCUGGCGAUUUUGUCUUGCGUUCGACGCACUUUGCUAUGGACAGCAAUACCUCGAAUCGGCCUGAUAGGCUUGAAAAUUUCCCAGCCGUUAUUGCUGAACCGUGUGAUCGAAUACCUCUCAGUCAACUCUGGAGACCGCGGUGUUGGAGGUGCCCUUGUUGGAGCCACAGUCCUAAUAUAUGUGGGCACAGCGGUAACAACAUCGCUCUAUAUGCAUGGCCUAAAUCGCGCCAUUACUAUGAUACGAAGCAUGCUAGUGAUUGCGCUUUACGACAAGACGCAACGUCUGGAUACCGCAACGGUCAAUAACUCAGCUGCCUUAACAUUGAUGAGUACCGACACUGAAAGUAUCUGCAAUAACUUUAUGCGUCUAGACGCUCUAUUCGCGUCUCCAAUCGAGGUCGGUCUGGCCAUAUAUUUUCUGGAAAGGCAAGCGAAAUGGGCAUGCUUGGCAUCAGUUGGGUGUACACUGGCAGCAGUCUCACUCAGCUAUAUCGUGGCCGCUCAUUCACCCUCACGCCAGAGGAUAUGGAAUCAGGCUGUUCAGAAGCGCAUAGCAGCUACUGCGUCAGUCAUUGGCUCAAUCAGGGGUAUUAAGAUGCUCGGUAUAUCCAGUUUCGUCCAGGGACGGAUAUGCGACCUACGCGACGCCGAGCUUCAACGCGCUCAGGGGGCUCGGAUGCUUCUCAUGUGGAGAAACGUCGUCGCUAAUAUACCGCAAAUUGCUGGGCCCAUUUUGACUUUCACGGUUUUCACAAUGCUUUCCGGAAGCGAUGUGAUUACAUCAACAAACGCUUUCACCGUUCUCGCCUUGAUUGCUCUGGUUACUCAGCCCAUUCAAGUCUUUGUCCAUGGCAUCACUCAAGUAGGGGUUGCCCUAGGCUGCUUCAGGCGGAUUCAAGACUACCUUCUACUACCAGAGGUAGAAGCAUCCAGAAUGUCCUACAAUAGCGACGAACUUCAUACGAUGGAUAGAGUGGUUUCAGGAAGCGAAUAUCAACUCGAGGCCCUCCCAAUAAGAGGGAGGUGUCUAUCGUUACAAAAUGCGAGUUUCCAAUACGCAGACACUACAACACCGAUUUUGACGGGAGUAAACAUCGUGCUAAAUCACUCUACAUUGACGAUCGUCGCCGGGCCUACUGGCUCCGGGAAGUCGUCGUUACUCAAAGGAAUCAUAGGGGCAGUACCUCGAAUUGCUGGUUCCCACCCGGAAAAUGUAGGAAUGGCUUAUUGUGCACAAGAACCAUGGUUGCCAAAUGUCUCGAUCAGAGAGCUUGUUAUCGGUCCUUUUUCUUGUGACGAAGAAUGGUAUAAAGCUGUCAUUCAUGCCACUGCACUCGACGAAGAUAUUGCAAUCCUUUCCGAAGGAGACAGGACGUGCGUUGGCUCUAGCGGGACUGCUCUAAGUGGUGGCCAAAGGCAACGUGUGGCUAUUGCACGGGCAAUUUAUUCGCGCAGAAAGCUCCUAAUCAUGGAUGAUGUACUCAGUGCUUUGGACAUUAUCACUGCCAAAAAGGUAUCUGUUCGCGCUUUUGGUCCCCAAGGCUUAUGCAAGAGGCACAAAGUCGCGGUCAUUCUCGCAUGCAGUGAUCCAGAGCGCAUUUACUCGCCCGAUGCUGUUUUGGUCAUAGAUAAUGGCAUCGUCAGAGGUGGAAGCUCCAACCUGAUAGAAUCCCGUCAGGAUCUGCCACGCCGACUUGGCGAUUUCUCAGUCUAUCAGUACUACAUGAAAUCUAUGGGCUGGAAAUCUUCCUUUUCCUUCUUGUGCCUAAUAGUCAUACAGGUAUUUGGGUCGAAGUUUCCUACUGUAUGGCUUCAGUACUGGUCCAACCACGACUUCAAUUAUUCCCUCGGCACCUACUUGGGUGUGUACGGAGUCUGCGCUGUUAUCCAGCUGAUUGGCACCGUCCUCAGUAUCACCUACCUCAUUAUCUUCCUAGUCACGAAAAGCUCCCGCCGGUUACAUCGCCAAUUGUUAACUGCCACAAUGAAUGCGCCAUACUCUUUUUUUACCACACACGACAGCGGAACGAUUCUCAACAGGUUCAGCCAAGACCUUUCUCAAAUCGACAACCAGUUGUCCGGCGCCCUUCUCAUGACCAUUUUCGGUGCAGGAACGCUGAUCGCCGAGGUCAUGCUUAUAGCUGCAGGAAACAAAUAUAUCGCUAUUGCCGUACCAUUUCUAAUCGCCAUGUUCUAUGCCUUACAGAACUUCUACCUGCGCACUUCACGUCAGCUGCGACUACUGGAAUUAGAAGCACAGAGCCCCCUCUAUACCCAUUUCCUUGAAACUGCUGCAGGUACAGACACAAUCCGUACAUUCGGGUGGCAAGAGACAUGGGCGACACGCUGCCGUCAAUUGACCGACAGGGCAAUCCAGCCUUAUUAUGCGUUCUUCUGCAUACAGCGAUGGUUGAAUUUCGUGCUGGAUAUUGCGGCAGCUGGAUUGGCCAUUGUUGUGGUCACGGUGGCGGUGACAUUAGGCUCAUCAACUGAUACCGGUGCGAUUGCAGUUUCUCUUCUCAACAUCAUAGGCUUCAGCAGCAGCUUGUCAUAUCUUAUCACCUCCUGGACACAGUUGGAGACCACCCUCGGUGCGAUCGUUCGUGUUAAGAGUUUUGAAGAGUCUCUUCCGGAAGAAGAUGCCCAAGGUGUGGAUGUUUAUCAAACGCCUUGCGAGGACUGGCCAUCUCGUGGAUCGAUCAGAUUCGAACAUGUCUAUGCAGGCUAUGGGGGGCAACAAAGCCCACAUAAGUGCAUACUUCGCGACAUUACUCUGACCAUUCAUCCAAGUGCCAAGGUAGCAAUUUGUGGUCGGAGUGGGAGUGGCAAGAGCUCUCUCGUCCUUCUUCUUUUCCGGCUUCUUGAUACCACAUCUGGUUCUGUUUCCAUUGACGAUAUCAAUCUGCGCGACAUCUCUUGUCGCAGUCUACGAGCUGGGAUUACUGUGAUUCCUCAAGAGUCUUUCAUAUUGCCAGGAACACUUCGCUCCAAUCUUGAUUUCGGUGAGCGGUUCCCCGAUGACGCCAUACUCUCCGCUCUGGAUACAGUAGGCCUAGGAGAAGAUCCACGUACCUGCAGACCUUAUUCUCUUGAUCUCCAAGUGAAUGCCGGGACCUUUUCGCGUGGCCAGUGCCAACUUUUGAGUCUGGCAAGAGCUCUUCUUCUCCAGGCUAGAACAAAGAUACUUGUUCUCGACGAACUCAGCGGCAAUGUUGAUAAUGACACGGAGCGGUUGAUGUUUCAUAUUAUAAAGGAUCAUUUCAAGAAUUCGACCGUGAUUGCAGUGACGCAUCGAUUGAGAUGUAUUCGGGGUUUUGAUCAAGUUUUGAUUAUGCAGGAUGGCUGUAUUGCGGAAACUGGGGGGCCAGCAGAGCUGCUCAGUAGGCCUAGUCUGUUCAAGGAGCUAUGGGACGAGCAGUGA